CCUUCUCUGUGUGUGUUAACAUACGGCAACAGCACUUUCACUUUUCACACAACCUUAAACAAAUUUCCUGUUGAUUAUAUCAUGACAUCAGAGCUUAAACUUCCAGGCUUCAGAUUCCACCCUACUGAAGAUGAACUCCUCAAUUUUUAUCUCAAGAACAUGGUGUUCGGGAAAAAACUACAUUAUGAUAUUAUCGGUUUGCUGAACAUUUAUCACCACGAUCCUUGGGACUUACCAGGAUUGUCGAAGGUUGGCGAGAGAGAGUGGUAUUUCUUUGUCCCAAGAGACAGGAAACAUGGAAGUGGAGGGAGGCCUAACAGGACGACUGAACAUGGAUUCUGGAAAGCCACUGGCUCUGACAGGAAAAUUGUGAGCUCAUCCGGUCCAAAAAGCAUUAUUGGCCUUCGAAAAACUCUUGUUUUUUAUAAAGGGAGAGCUCCUAAAGGACAGAAGACCGACUGGGUUAUGAACGAGUAUCGGCUCCCUGAUAGUUGCCCUCUGCCGAAGGACAUUGUGUUAUGUAAGAUAUACAGGAAAGCAACUUCCUUGAAAGUCCUGGAGCAAAGGGCAAUGGAAGAAGAGAUGAAGACAAUUCAAACAUCACCUUCUCCACCAUCAUCGUUUGAGACAAUCUCUUUUUGUGGGCAACAAGAAGAUCAACUAAUGCCAACGAUAGAUAUAUCUCAACCCCAUAUGAUCCUCAAGCAAGAACAAGAAGUGAUCAUGGUAGAAGAAAGUUUGGAUGAAAAAGUAGUAAAAGAUGAGAAAAAAGGGUCUUCAAUGUCUUUGCAAUUACCACCAGGGAAGACAGAAUUGCUAGAGCUCCAAGUUCCAAAAAUGAACAUGGACUGGAGUCAAGACCCAGUUUGGAGUCAACUCAGUCCCUGGCUUCAAAAUUUGACCCAAAAUUUGACCCCUAAUUGUGCUAACAUUCUCAACUUCUAAAGCCUAAUAGUAUGUUGCCAAGAAUUAAGUAACUUGCGUGAUGUUGUACAUAUAGCUUGAUUUCUUCGAAUCCUGCUUAUUAUCUGUAAUUUUGUUGUUAAUUUAUGUUGCUCGUUAAAGAUGUCCGAACUGAGCACUAAUUGUGCACUGUUUUGAUUUGAUGAUAUUGACGUAGAUGGGAUUCUACGUUUCAAUUAA